GAAAAAUGGAUGAUGAUGAUGACGACGUUCCCCAGCUUUCAUCCCAUGCGUUGGCUGCCCUCCAGGAGUUCUAUUUGGAACAGCAGCAGAGAGAAGGCAUGAAGACCUCCCAAGGGUUUAAUCAAUAUUCUGUUGGCUCAAUAGAAGAAGACUGGCAGCUGAGCCAAUUUUGGUACAGUGAUGAAACUGCAUCACGCCUGGCUAAUGAAGCGGUGGUGGCAGCUGGAAAAGGUGGCAGGAUAGCCUGUGUUAGUGCACCAAGUGUGUACCAGAAACUGAAAGAACAGGGUGGUGAAGAUUUUUCAGUGUGUAUCCUGGAGUACGACAGGAGGUUUUCUGUAUAUGGAGAAGAAUUUAUCUGCUAUGAUUACAACCAGCCUUUGAACUUACCUGAACAUCUCCUGCCACAUAGUUUUGACAUCGUAAUAGCAGAUCCACCCUAUCUAUCAGAGGAGUGUCUUCAAAAAACUGCAGAGACCAUCAAAUACUUAACAAAAGGAAAGAUUCUGCUUUGUACAGGUGCAAUCAUGGAGGAACAGGCAGCAAAGCAUCUUGGUGUGAAGAUGUGCAAGUUUAUUCCAAAACACUCUCGAACUUUAGCCAAUGAAUUUCGGUGUUAUGUGAACUAUGCUUCUGGACUGGACUGAUUCAUGUAAGAAGAUCUGCAGUUUCUUAAGUCAACCUCCCUUCUGGUUUUCAUCAGUGAUUCCACAUUUCUCAAUGCUGAAAUAUUCAGCUCCAAGUACUGUUUUCUGGGCUGGCUGUAAUCAACACAGUGUAACACCUUCUCCUUUUAAAAUGUACAAACAUUUGCAGCUACUAUGUUUUGUAUUUUACCUAUUAGGUAAAUGGGGACCAAACAAUGCAGGUGCUAGAUAAUGGGAACUUCUCUGUUAGAGUUU